CGUGGAACAGCUCGAGCAAAAAGGACAAAGAGCACCAAAGAGCUGCAUGGACAUGAGAGACCAGGAGGGUGAUGCUGAGGGCGAAACACCUGCAGAUGCAAGAUGCUGUCAGGCACGUCAGCUGAUGGCUGGAGUGGCUGUUGCUGUGGCAACAACAAUCCUGCUUAUGGGACUUCUUUUGCAUUUGGUCGUACUUGCUCCAGAAGUGGAUCAGCCCUCCGAAGCUUCUGCGCAGGAGCUGAUGGAGCGACUGCAGAGGUGCCACAAAGAGCAGCACGACCUGAACCUGAUGCUGCACGCUGUCACUCAAGACUCCAGGUGCAGCUUGUGUCCGGGCGGCUGGCUGUGGUGGAGGAGUCGCUGCUACUUCUUCUCAGUGGGACUGCAGGAAAACCGGCGGUGGAAUGAGAGCGCAGAGUUCUGCCAGCAACACGACAGCAGCCUGGCUGUAAUCAAAGACGCUGCAGAGAUGGAUUUCAUCCAAGGUGUGAUGAGGAAGUUCCCUCAGUUUCCCUUUCUGUGGCUGGGGCUGACGGACGUAGAGCAGGAGGGUCUGUGGCUGUGGGGGGACAGGAGAGACGUCCAGCACUACAUGCCGCUGACGGUGCAGUGGGAUGCUGAUCACAGGGACUGUGCAGACCUGCGGGCAGGUGGGAGCCUCUUCGCUAACAGCUGUGAGGAUUAUGGACCCUGGGUGUGUAAGAGAGACUCCUGACAGGCAGCACUCGCAGCUACACACACUUCUGUCUUCAUGCACAACGUGAUGCCGAAAGUCUGAUCCUUGUCACCUGCUUUUAUACCAAACAUUUGGAUGUUGUUGCGGAAUUUAACAAGUUGCCUUCAGCUUCACUUUAUCAUGCAAAUGUGCAAAGUGUG